AUGGUGGGGAAACUUCGGAAGUUGUCUAACGGGGAACCGGGUGAGUUGGAUUUUGCGGAUUCUACGGAGUCUCCCGCGGAAAACGGAGACGCUCCAGCUAUGCACUGUAAACCGAUAAGCAUUCCAAUUCAGACUAAUGCGGAAGGUUCUAACGCAGCAGAUCGGUCUGGUGGUAUCAUGAUAGGAUAUUCUGCUCAGUUCCGCAUUCAACCGCAGCUUAUUGGUCUUGCAAUCGGCUAUCGCGGCGCUACCAUUCAAGAAGCACGGGGAUUACCGGGUGUCCGUUCAGUCGACUUACUUCACGACGGUAUCGUUCACGUUGAGGCUGAGACGGUCGAGGCUUGUCAGGCCGUCCGCUCACUACUAGAUUAUACCGAAGCUGAGAUUCCCGUUUCCCCUCGAUUGGCCAGUCGCCUCAUCGGAUCCAAAGGCAUGAAUAUCCGCAAACUGGCGGCAUCAGCCGGAGUACGCAGAGCACAGUUGCUUGAUCCUUUGAUGAGAAAGAGGCGACAGCAACAUAUGAACCGCCAACAACUUCCUAUCUCUCCGGACCAGAACCAAUUUGAAGCAACAGGCGAGCUUAACCAAGAUGCGCAGUGCAACAAUGGGGACAAAUAUGUGCUUGGUCCUGCUGUUGGGGACAGAGACGAGGAAAUUGCUCAAACGAAGGAUGAGAAGCUUCCCCCACCCGCUUUCUAUCUACUUGGAACUCGUUCGGCAGUGGCGAAAAUGCGCCUACUGCUAGAGUUUCAAGCCGAUAACUGGAACGAAUUGGAUGAGCUGGAAGAAACCCGUCGCAACCUCUGCAGUCAGCUUCGGCUUUCUUCUCAACCGGUGAGAAAUAACUACGCAUCCACUGGUCCUCCGGAAGCUGCCAACCGUGGUGGUGCUGUGGGUUUUCGCGGACGGGCGCGCGGAUUUCCUGGUCGUGGUGGGUCUACGGAUGGAACGCUCGAUCAGGAUCCAGCUAAUGGUCGUCCUCGCAACCGUAGAAUUAUACCUGAUCCAAGUCAAAGCGAUGGAAUGUCUGAGCAACCCCAGUCCUGCGGAGUCGUAGGUGAACAUGCAGAAAAUCCGACUAAUCCUGAAGGUCCUGGAUCAUCUAGUUGGAGGCGUGUCCCUGGUCCAAGAGGUCGAGGACGUAACAAACUACGAGAUAACACCACUACUGUGUGA